GCAGCUGCGGAGGAGCAGCCACUCUUCCCCAGCAGCUCAGCCGCCCUCAGGUCGCGGUCUCUCGGCCAUGGCUUCCGUCACCUGCCGGGUCCAGUACCUGGAGGACUGGGACCCCUUCAUCUGCACCAACUUCCCCGAACCCCGGAGACCUCCGACCGUGGAGGUGGAGGAGGACCAGCCGCUGAGCGAACAGAUUCCCGGGAUCCACAAGCUGCUCGGAGCGCCGCACAAGUUAGAAGACUGCACCCUGCAGGUGUCUCCAAGCGGGAGCUACCUGGACCUGGACUCUUCUCUGGCUGAGCAGCGGGACGACUUGGAGAAUUUCUACGAAGACGUGGCGAAGGGAAAGAAGCCCAUCCUGAUCCUGAGGACUCAGCUCUCUGUUCGUGUUCACUUCAUCCUGGAGAGGUUGUACAACUCCAAAGGCCCAGAACUCAGGAAGUGUCUGUUCUCCCUGAAGCAGCUCUUCCAGGAUGAUAAAGAUCUGGUCCCAGAGUUUGUUGCCUCUGAAGGUUUGACGUGUUUCAUUAAAGUUGGAGCUGAAGCCGACCACAACUAUCAGAACUACAUCCUGAGAGCUCUCAGUCAGAUCAUGCUGUUCGUUGACGGGAUGAACGGAGUGAUAAACCACAACGAGACGGUGCAGUGGCUCUACACGCUGACGGCCAGUCUGUCUCGCCUGCUGGUGAAAACGGCUCUGAAGCUUCUCAUCGUGUUUGUGGAGUAUUCAGAGUCCAACAGUCCUCUGCUGAUCAACGCCGUCAACACGGUGGACUCCAUGAGGGGUGUGACGCCAUGGACGAAUAUCAUGGAUAUCCUGGAUGAGAAGAACGGCGCCGACACGGAGCUUCUCAUUUUCACCAUGACGCUCAUCAACAAGACUCUGGCGGCGCUCCCAGACCAGGACUCCUUCUACGACGUGACGGACUGUCUGGAGCAGCGUGGGAUGGAGGCCAUUGUCCGUAAACACAUGAGCAACAAGGCGACGGAACCGGACCUGAAGGCCCAGUUCUCCACCUAUGAGACAGCUCUGCGGUACGAGGACGGAGACGUCGACGACUCCGCCCCCAAACCCCAAAAAGAGAGAAGAAAGAAGGUCGGCGCCAACCAAGAGGGCCGGAGGAGUCGCCGCUCAUCCAAUCAGAACCUGCCAGACCUCCUGUCCUCCUCCCCCACCUCUCUCGUCGUGUCCCCCUCCUCAUCCACUGUCCUCUCCCCGUCCUCCACCGUAUCCAGUCCCUGUCUCACGCCCACCCUCGGCAGCAGGCCUUCCUCCCCUCUGUCCUCUGGACUAAGCAGCUGCGCCUCCAGCCCGUCGGGCUCCCGGAGGGGCUCCCCUCUGCCCCCCACUAUAGCCGUCAUUAAGGACUUGUCCUCAGAACCAGAGUCCAAGGCGCCUCCCAGCGGGAGUCGCUCUUUCCUCAGCCAUCACAUGUCCGCUCUGGGUCUGAGCAGGAAGUCACGGCUGUUCUCCAAAACCAGCUCCAUCUCUGAGGAGCCUCCGUCCGGCUGCAGCAGCUUGCCUCCUUCGGACCUCCCGCCUCAGGAAAAGGAACCGUCCCCGGAGAACCCGGAGCAGCCCAGCAUCCAGCCGGAGCCCAAACCUCGUCUAAACUCAGUGGAGACUGAGGAAGACUCCUGCCCAGAGGAAUAUGUCGCGAGUCGGACCAAGCCGGUGUGGAAGAAUUAUGAAGACGGCUUCCUGCGCAGCCUGACAAGAACUCAGCGGGAGAAGAGUAAAAAGACCAAAGAUCCAAGCAGAUCGCAGCCGCCCUUUUCUGACGAUAAAACUCAGAGUUCAAAGACGGAAGCUGAGCCGAGCGACGGCACGCCGCCUGAACGUCCCGGUUCAGCAUCCAGCAGCUCGGGAACAAACUCAGACACCCGAAAUGAUCCAGAAGCUCCUGAGCUUUUUGGCGACAAAAUUCUUCACCUGAAUAAGAGGUUUUUCUACUCCACUGACUCGGAGCUUCAGGACCCGAAGGAUUCUGCUUCUGGUGCUGCUGAAGAGGAAGAAAAAAGCUGCACUGCCAGCGAGGAUGUUUCUGGACCCGUGUCAGAACGCCUGUCCUACUUCAGAGCGCGCUCAGUUGAGUCCAGUGGAACCAGUGGGACCAGCGCCUCCCAAAAGGCGGAGCUAGAGGGCCUGGAAGGCUCAGCCCAGGCGGCCCGGGCGCGGCUGGCCGAGGAGCAGAAGAACCGAUCCGCCCGGCCGCAGAGCGGCGUGGAGGCGGAGCCUCCGGGCCGCCGCCUGGAGAAGAUGGCGUCCGUAGGAUCGGUGGACGUCUGGGACCAGAAGCAGCUGAGCAGCUCUGACCUUCGCAUCAAAGACCUGGACUUCUCUGACCUGCUGGAGGACGAGGACAAUGACGUCCUCGCCAUGGACAACAUCGACUCAACCAGCUCCGCCCCCUGUUUCUCUGGCGUCCCCCCUCCUCCCCCGCCUCCCCCCAUGCUGGGUUCCGCUGCCCCUCCUCCGCCUCCUCCUCCCCCACCUCUUCCCGGUGUUCCUCCUCCUCCACCUCCUCCCCCUCCUCUCGGUUGUGGUAUUCCUCCCCCUCCGCCCCCCCCGGGAGCUCCUCCUCCCCCCGGCUUGUCCUCAGGACUGAUGAGGAAGAAGAAGACGGUGAAGCUGUUCUGGAAGGAGCUGAAGCAGGCAGAAAGUCCUCAGAAGUGUCGCUUCGGUCGGGGGACGGUGUGGGCGUCUUUGGACAAGGUGGAGGUGGACACGGCCCGCCUGGAGCACCUGUUCGAGUCCAAAGCCAAGGAACUGCCUGCUGCUAAGAAAGGACCGGAGACCAAAAAAUCAGAGAUUCUGGUUCUGGAUCCAAAGAGGAGUAACGCCAUCAACAUCGGUUUGACCGUCCUGCCUGCCGUCCACGUCAUCAAGGGCGCCAUCCUCAGCUUCGAUGAGUUCGCCAUCAGCAAGGAGGGGAUCGAGAAGAUCCUGACCAUGGUUCCCACUGAGGAGGAGAAGCAGAAGAUCCAGGAGGCUCAGAUGACCAAUCCUGACGUCCCCCUGGGAACAGCAGAGCAGUUCCUCCUUACCUUGGCCUCCAUCACUGCCUUGACCCCCCGCCUGCAGCUCUGGUCUUUCAAACUGAACUAUGAGGUGCUGGAGAAGGAGAUCGCAGAGCCGCUGUUUGACCUGAAGCUGGGCAUGGAGCAGCUGGCGUCCAACCAGACCUUCAGGAGGAUCCUGGCGACUCUCCUCGCCAUUGGAAACUUCCUGAACAGCAGCAAUGCUAAAGGCUUCGAGCUGAGUUACCUAGAGAAGGUGGUGGAGGUGAAGGACACGGUUCAUCGUCACUCUCUGCUGCAUCACACCUGCAGCCUGGUGAUGGAGAAUUACCCAGAAUCCUCUGACGUCUACUCGGAGAUCCCCGCCAUCACCCGAUCCGCUAAGGUGGAUUUUGACCUGCUGGCGGAGAACCUGCUACAGCUGGAGCGGCGCAGCAAAGCAUCAUGGGACAACCUGAAGGUGAUGGUCAAACAUGAAACCAAGACGGCGCUGAUGAACAAGAUGACGGAUUUCCUGAAGGACUGCAGGCACAGAAUCGAGAUUCUAAAGGUCGUCCACAGACGCGUCAUCCACAGGUUCCACUCCUUCCUGCUGUUCCUGGGUCAGCCAACCUCCUCCGUCCGAGACAUCAAGGUCACCAGUUUCUGUCGGAUCAUCAGCGAGUUUGCUCUGGAAUACAGAACCACCAGAGAACGCGUCCUGACCAUCAAACGGAAACGAGCCCUCCACCGGGAACGCACCAAGACCCGAGGAAAGAUGAUCACCGAGAUGGAAAAGUUUUCGGGGGCGGUGCCUCGUGAGGACAGCCCCUCUCCCGUCUCCACGGCAGCAGAACCGGGUUCCGAUCAGGAAGAGGAGCACGAGAACAUGAAGAACAUGCUGAUCAGCGACAACAGCCUGACUGUAAACCCCCGAGGCCUGAGAAGAUCCAGAGCAGUUCGCAGUCUGAGUCCGAGGAUCAGUACGCCCAACAUGUCCGCCGCCAGAGAGGACGGGACCGUCUCCCAGGACGACGCCACCGAUGACAUCAUGGAUCGGCUGGUGAAGUCCGUGACCCGGAACCCGACAAACAGAACCGCCAGCCCUAAGAGCCGUAAACGGGCCCGCCUCAACAGGAAGUCCUUGAGGAGGACUCUGAAGAACGGUCUCGGUCCAGACGGGAUCCAAGCUCUGGAUCUUUACAACAACAAGCCAGAAGACAAAGUCUGACCCAGGAAGGUCGUCAGGAGGAGCAUCUGCAGCAUUUUAACCCAGCAGCAGCUUCCUCACUGAUCUGAGCUCCAGGCAGCAGAACCGUUGGGAUGCCAUCAGAACCCUGAGCCGGUACCACUCAUCAGAAGGUCCGGACCUUCUUAUCGUCUGAUCUCCUGCUGCAGUGUUUGUAGAUGAACCUUCAGAGCAGCUGAACGCCAACAGAAGCUCAGAAUGUUCUGAUCCUGCUGCUGAUAACCAGACAGAACACCUUGAUUUAUCACAGCUGCUGCCGACGCCAGGAUUUACCUGCCGGGUCGACGGUUCCGAUCCGGUUUAACGACCGGAGGCAGAACCUGAAUACGGAUCAGAAGCAGGAUUUAUUCAGAUAAACUGAUGGUUGCUGUUUCACUCCAGAACCUCCUGCUGAACCAGUUCUGCUCUGAGGUCCCAGUCCGUCUGUUCUGUUCGGUUCUGUCUGUGUUGCAUAACUUCUCUACGGUUUGGAACCGUCACUCAAACAUCACGGAUGAUCUCCCACCUUCGCUGAACGGUUGAUGACCUCUGAGCUGCGGCGCCUCAGAUGAGGACGUUCCGGGUCACAUGGUACCAAACGGGCUCCUGCCUCCAGGUGUGUGGAUGGGAGUUCACUGCUUUUAGACUUUGAGGUUUUCUCCUUCCUCCCAGAGAUGAGGACCUUGAAGAUGUUUUAGCUGUGGUUGAUUGUGUUUCUGCUG